AUGCAUUCAAUAAAAUAUAUUAUUAUUUAUUUUAUUAUUGGUUUUUAUAAUUUAUCAGCUAAUCAAAAUGAUUUUAAUCCAUAUGAAACUCUUGGUUUAUCUCGAACUGCAUCAGAUAAAGAAAUUCGACAAGCAUACAAAAAAUUAGCUAAACAUUGGCAUCCAGAUAAAAAUUCAGAAUCAAAUGCACAUGAACAAUUUACAAACAUUAAUGCUGCUUAUGAAAUUUUAUCUGAUGCAAAAAAACGACAACAAUACGAUGAACAUGGUACAACAUCAGAAGAUAAUCAUCAAGGAUUUAAUAGCUAUCAUUUUCGAGAUCCAUUUGAUAUGUUUCGAGCACAUUUUUUUCAUGAAACAUCAUCCGGUGCAAAGAAAAUUAUUCAUUUAUAUGAAUUUCUUAACAAUAUUUUACCAAAUAGUGAUAAAAAACCUUAUUUAAUAUUUGGUAGUACUAAUUUUUGUUUUCAUUGUCGACAACCAUUAGAAGUUUUUCGUUCAAUAGAAAAACAAUUAAAUGAUGUUGGUAUUGGUACUGGUGAAUUUAAUAUAAAUGAUGAACGUUUAAGUAGUCAAUUAGGAAUUAUAAAUAUUCCAUCUUUGUGUGUAAUCAGUCAAGGUCGUGUUUAUCAUUUUGAUGAUCAGGAAUUUUCCGGAGCAAAUAUAAAAGAAUUUGUACGAAAAUCUAUACCAACAAAACGAUUUAUUCAAACAUUAAAAACUGAUGAUGAUAUAUUAACAAUGAUUAAAUCCUAUAAUCAAUCAAAUCGAGUAAAUGCUUUAUUAAUAACAAAACAAAAAACACCAACACUUAAAUUUGUUAUACCAUGUUUACAAUAUUCAACAAGAAUACAAUGUGCUUUAUUUAAUUCAUCUAUGAUAAAAACUACAUCAUUGCUGUCGUUUCUUAAACAAAUUUCUACAAUAUCAGAUACUGUUUUAUUAUUUAAAGAAGAUAUUAAUAAACCUGAAUUAGUAAUUAAAGAUAGUGAUUUUACUUUUGAUAAUCUACAAAAAUUAUUUGAAUCAAAUCAACUAUUACAUUUACCUACAAUCACAAGUACAAAUGUAUUUAAUCUUAUCUGUCAAAUAAAUUCAGCUAAGUAUGAAUAUUUAAUAGUUCUAUGUUAGAUAUAAUACUUUUCAUCGAGAUAAAUUAUAAUUUUGUCCUUAAAUAUUAUAAAUACUCCAGGGAUCAAUAUUUUAACUUAUUUUGCAUAGUAUAUUGGAUUUAAUUCGAUUGAAGAACAACUGAAUGUUAUUUUUAGCAUUGAAUUUGCAUUUUUUUAAAUAAGAUUAUAAUAGAUGUUAAACAUUUACAUUAAAAUUUAGUAGAAGAUGAAUUUAUAACUACAACUAUUGUUUAUUUAAGAAUUUUAUAUUCGAACAAAUAAAAACUUUUGAAUUAAUAUUGUAUAAUAUUCUAAAAAUGGAAAAAAAAACAAGAGAAUUUCUAUUAUAAAUUUAUUUUUCGUUCCGUUUUGUGGCAUCAAGGACAUCAAUGUCUAAGAACUCGAUAUACUCUAGUACUAUUAGAGCUCGUCAAAUUGAUUCUACAUUCGGAUUCGAAAAUUUAGUUUUAACAAAUGAACUUUUUUGAAUAAUAAAUUUUGUUCUCUAAUAUUUCCUGUACGGAAGAUUUCAACAAUGUCUUAUCAUGGACUAAAGACAUAAAAAAACAGUCGACGUCAAAAAAAAUUUGACUUCGAUUUUGUUUUAGGUCAAUUAGACCUUGAUAAGAUGCCGGUGAAACCUUUAGUUUGUACAUUAAAUAUCAGAAAGCAAAUUGAAUAACUGAUGAAUGUGAAGAAAUAUUAUGAAAUGAUUUUUGUCAGUGUGUUGCCAAAUCCAGGGCACAUAGAACAGUUUGUUGGGUUAGAAUUCUAGAGAUUUUUAAGAAAAUUCUGAAUGUUUCCAAAGAUCUAAAGUUGAAUUUUAAGUGUAAAAAAAUUAUAAUCUACAGAGAAAAUUGUUUUUCUUAUAAACUACACACACAUAUGACAUUAACGUCAACAAUCGAUAUGUUUUUCAUAGAAUCCUAGAUCAACCAAUCAAAAAAAAAAUAAUCUUUACCUUGAACAAUAUAAAUUAAAAAUGUCGGAUGCAGUGACGUAUCCAGGAUUUUUCAGUAUGCUGAAUCUUGACUUUUGAGCAUGGGACCCAAAUGACACUCAUAGAGGGUAAUGUUGAGUCCAAAUGAUGGAAUUUUAUCAAAAAAAAUUUGCAUUCGGAGUUUCGCGAAAAAAAUUAGCAUUUUUCUGAUCCCCCCUCCUAGGAUUUUUUACUGUUAGUAUUAUCUUGGAUUUUAGAAUCUCGUAGGAAGCUAUACCGAAUUUCAUCGACAGAUUUUAAAUUUCGUCUAAAAAUGUCCAACCGUUCAAGAGUUAUGAUGUUUUGAAAUUUGGAAAAAAUUGUUUCCACAUGUGGCAAAAAUUCAAAAAGUUAUAACUCUUGAACGAUUACAUAUUUU